AUGUCGCAGGAUAAGGCCCCGUUACCGUUUGCCUACCAGUUUGCCGCCGGUGCGGUGGCCGGUGUCUCUGAGGUUGGUUCUCGUGCUCGUGCCAUUCUUUCGAUUCUCGUCAUGUAUGCGGUCUUUGCUCGUCCAUUGCUGUCUAAAAAUAUACUGAUCAAUACCUUGCUAGGUACCCGCUGGACGUCGUUCUCCCGCCUGUACCGCGGCAUCAACGCCCCGAUUCUGAUGGAGGCACCCAAGCGAGCAACCAAGUUCGCCGCAAACGACAGCUGGGGCGCCUUCUACCGCAAGAUCUUCGGUAUGGAAAAAGCAAACCAGCCCCUCGCUAUUCUCACGGGCGCCACAGCCGGAGCCACCGAGUCCUUCGUCGUCGUCCCCUUUGAGCUUGUCAAGAUCCGCCUCCAGGACAAAGAUUCCGCAGGCAAAUACAAUGGCAUGCUUGACGUUGUUCGCAAGAUCGUCAAGCACGAAGGACCUCUGGCCCUGUAUAACGGCCUCGAAGCCACGCUCUGGCGCCACAUACUCUGGAACGCGGGCUACUUCGGCAGUAUCUUCCAGAUCAGGGCACAGCUACCUCCUGCUGAAAAGGGGAACCAGAGCCAGCAGAUGAGAAAUGAUAUCAUUGCCGGUACGGUCGGAGGAACGCUUGGAACCGUGAUAAACACGCCCAUGGACGUGGUCAAGUCCAGAAUCCAGAACAGUCCGAAAAUCGCGGGUUCGGUGCCCAAGUAUAACUGGGCCUGGCCGGCGUUGGGCACUGUGAUGAAGGAGGAAGGUUUCGGAGCGUUGUACAAGGGAUUCCUGCCCAAGGUGCUGCGUCUAGGCCCCGGAGGAGGUAUCCUGCUCGUCGUCUUUACCGCCGUGACGGAUUUCUUCCGUGCCAUGAGAAAGGAGUGA